CAUUAACCGGAAGUACGGUGUUUGUGAUUCCAUCGACUUGACAGCGGUGCUUGGAGCCGAGAGGGUCAGGGGGAGGAGAGGAAAGGGAGUGGAGCGAGAAGACGACAGGAGGAGAUCCACCACAGGGUGACCAAUUUAACCGGACCAUCCUUGGACAGCUAGGCUACAAAUGGUCCUCCACCCUGGCCGCCCAGACCGUCAACCAAACCGAAUCGGAUUGUCCGCUGCGGUCCUGUCGGGGAACAGAAACAGAAGAUGAUCACGACUCAACAGAAGCCGUGGAGAUAGGCCAGGCAGCAGAGACUGAUCUUCUCAUUUACCUUGGUCUCUCCUCACUGGCUCUGGCACAAACAUCUGGACUGAAGUGACUGGUGCACCUUUUUGCCCCAUCCAGUCCUGCGGCCCUGCAGUGUGACCUCUACAAACCCCUCCUCACGUCUUCAUAAUUUUGUCCACGGGGAUAAAUGAGUGAACCGGCUGCAAGGGAAAGGGCUGGGACAUGUACCAGAACCCCAACAGAAUGUCCUGGUUCAGUGGUUUCCUAGUCGCCAGAGUGGAUGACCGCAAGACUGCGUGGGGGGAGCGCAAUGGCAAGAAGUCCAAACGGAAGGGAGGCUCAUCUCUCUGCAACCCGCGUUACAUGAGCUGUCUGCGGGACCCAGAUGCUAUGGAGCCCCCCUCUGGAGCCCCCCUCCAUCAGCACCACCGCGGAGGGGUGGCGGGGGCGGUGGGAGGCGGGGGCAACUUCGGCGUUCGCUGUGGAUGGCAGGAAGACCACUAUGGCAAAAGGGGAGGGGCUCACGGAGAAGGGGUGGGUCUGAAAUCCGUCGACUUGGGCUUUGAGGACGGGGAGCUGAAAGGGAGGAAAGGCGGAUGUAAUGGAGGAAGCGGGGACAUGGGCGACGAAGGGCCCAAUGGCGCUGCAGGGGUUGUGACAGCUGCAGACUGCUGGCUCAGGGUGGUGCGGGUGUUCCAGUCAAAAAAAUUCCAGUCCCGCAAACUGGAGCGACUAUACCAGCGUUACUUCUUUAGGCUGAACCAGAGCUCCUUGACCAUGCUCAUGGGUGUACUUGUGAUCGUGUGCGGCAUCAUGCUGACCUUCCACUGUGUCCAUGCCGCCCCUCACGUGGCCUAUUCGUCGGCCCUGUCGGUGGCGAUGGCACUCUUUAUGGCUCUUAUGGUCGUGUGCAACCGCAACGGCUUCCACCAGGACUACAUGUGGAUGGUCAGUUACCUGGUGAUCGGAGUCUUGGUGUCGGUACAGGUGUUCGGGGUGCUCAUGGUGGCACCCAGGAGCGCUUCAGAAGGCAUCUGGUGGUCCGUGUUCUUCAUCUACAUCAUUUACACUCUGCUGCCUGUGAGGAUGAGAGCAGCAGUGCUGAGUGGAGCGGUGCUCUCCAUCAUACACGUGGUCACCACCUGGCAGAUUAACCAGGAAGACAAGUUCCUCUGGAAACAGGUGAGUGCUAACGUCCUGAUCUUCCUGUGCACUAACAUCAUUGGAAUCUGUACCCACUACCCCGCUGAGGUUUCCCAGAGACAAGCCUUCCAGGAGACCAGAGGAUACAUUCAGGCCAGACUACAUCUGCAGAGGGAGAAUCAGCAGCAGGAGCGUCUGUUGCUUUCAGUGUUGCCAAGGCAUGUUGCAAUGGAGAUGAAGGCUGACAUCAAUGCCAAGAAGGAAGACAUGAUGUUCCAUAAGAUCUAUAUCCAGAAACAUGACAAUGUCAGUAUUCUGUUUGCAGACAUCGAGGGUUUCACCAGUCUGGCCUCUCAGUGCACGGCUCAGGAGCUGGUCAUGACACUCAAUGAACUCUUUGCCCGUUUCGACAAGCUGGCGUCGGAGAACCACUGUCUACGUAUUAAAAUUUUGGGUGAUUGUUAUUAUUGUGUGUCCGGGCUGCCUGAACCCCGGGCCGACCACGCUCACUGCUGUGUGGAGAUGGGCGUCGACAUGAUAGAGGCCAUCUCGCUGGUGCGGGAGGUGACGGGGGUCAACGUUAACAUGCGCGUCGGCAUCCACAGUGGGCGCGUGCACUGCGGCGUGCUGGGGCUUAGGAAGUGGCAGUUUGACGUGUGGUCAAACGAUGUCACGCUGGCCAAUCACAUGGAGGCUGGAGGCAAAGCAGGGCGGAUCCACAUCACUAAGGCCACCUUGCAGUAUCUUAAUGGAGACUACGAGGUGGAACCAGGUUUUGGAGGCGAGAGGAAUGCGUAUCUGAAGGAGAACAGCAUCGAGACCUUCCUGGUCCUCGGCUGCAGCCAGAAACGGAAGGAGGAGAAGGCGAUGAUGGCUAAGAUGCAGCGGACGAGAGCCAACUCUAAUGAGGGGCUUAUGCCACGCUGGGUCCCCGACAGAACCUUCUCCAGGACCAAAGACUCCAAAGUCUUCAGACAAAUGGGGAUUGAUGAGACCUCCAGUAAAGACAACCGUGGCGUUCAGGAGGCCAUGAACCCGGAGGAUGAAGUGGAUGAGUUUCUGGGGCGAGCCAUUGACGCUCGCAGCAUUGAUCAGCUAAGAAAAGACCACGUUAAGAAGUUCCUGCUCACCUUCCAGACCUCUAGCCUAGAGAAAAAGUAUGCCAAGAAGGUGGACGAUCGUUUUGGGGGCUACGUUGCCUGUACUCUACUAGUAUUCUGUUUCAUAUCAUUCAUACAGAUUGUCAUCUUUCCACACACCCCGGUCAUGCUGGGAAUCUACAUCAGUAUCUUCAUUAUACUCGCCAACAUCCUUUUCAUCUGUGCCAUAUAUUCUUGCAUUAAGCUCUUUCCAGCUGCAAUGCAGACUGUCUCAAAGAAGAUUGUCCAGUCUCGCACUAACAGCACCCUGGUUGGAGUAUUUACCAUUAUCCUCGUCUUCAUCUCUGCCUUUGUUAAUAUGUUUGCCUGUGACACCAAGAGCUUGGCACAAUGCGUUGCCGAGAAGCUGAACACCUCUGCAGCCCUGGUGACGCCCUGUCUGAUCCGCAGCUUGAAUGUGUCUAUUGAAGGGGGUCUAGAGAUCUGUCCUAGCCAAGGCCCCUCCUGCCCCUUUCCUGAGUAUUUCAGCUACAGCGUGCUGCUGACGCUGCUGGCCUGCUCAGUGUUCCUGCAGAUCAGCAGCAUAGGGAAACUGGCCCUCAUGCUGCUCAUCCAGCUCACCUUCCUGCUGCUGGUGGAGUGGCCACAAGUAGCACUGUUCGACAACGCAGACCUCUUUGUCACCUCCAAUGCCAUUGAUUUAAAUGAAACUAGUGCUCAGUGGUCAAGUUUCAAUGAAACUACAAACCAGUGCCCAUUUGUUGUGACCAAAGUGUCCCUGCGGGUCAUGACUCCAGUGAUCCUCACAGUCUUUGUCCUGGCACUGUACCUGCACGCCCAGCAAGUUGAAUCGACUGCACGCCUUGACUUCCUGUGGAAAUUACAGGCCACAGAGGAAAAGGAGGAGAUGGAGGAGCUGCAAGCUUACAAUCGUCGCCUCCUCCAUAACAUUCUGCCUAAGGACGUAGCGGCUCACUUCUUGGCACGUGAGCGGCGUAACGACGAACUAUACUACCAGUCCUGUGAGUGUGUGGCUGUCAUGUUCGCCUCCAUCAGCAAUUUCUCAGAAUUCUACGUGGAGCUGGAGGCCAACAACGAGGGAGUGGAGUGUCUCCGGCUGCUCAACGAGAUCAUUGCUGACUUUGAUGAGAUCAUCAGUGAAGAGAAGUACAGGCAGCUCGAGAAGAUCAAGACCAUUGGCUCCACCUACAUGGCGGCCUCCGGUCUCAAUGACUCCACCUAUGACAAGGAGGGCCGUUCCCAUAUCACUGCACUGGCCGACUAUGCCAUGAGACUGAGGGAGCAGAUGAAAUACAUCAACGAGCAUUCCUUCAACAACUUCCAGAUGAAGAUAGGUCUGAACAUUGGGCCAGUUGUUGCUGGGGUUAUUGGUGCCCGAAAGCCUCAGUACGAUAUCUGGGGAAACACAGUCAAUGUGGCCAGUCGUAUGGACAGCACGGGCGUACCUGACCGCAUACAGGUGACUACAGACCUGUACCAGGUGCUUGCAAACAAAGGGUACGUGCUAGAGUGCCGUGGGGUGGUUAAGGUCAAAGGGAAAGGGGAAAUGACAACCUACUUCCUGAACGAUGGUCCGCCCAACAGUUAGCAGCCACGGCAGCCGCGGAUGCUGGGACGAUCCCCGCUGUAAGGACACGGCACCACUGAGCGAGGACUCAUAGUGCGAGCGAAUGGCUAAAAACUAAAGACGCCAUCACUUGAAUCCCAAGCAAAGAGAUAUAAACUUUUAAGACUUUGAAAAGGAAAGUGUUCUUGAUGAGAGGAAAAUGUUCUCGUUUGACAGCCACUUUGGUCCACGUACAUGUUGAAGGACAAGUGUUUUUCUCAUGUCUAGCCUCUCUCUCAGGCUUCUUGAAAGAUGCAAAGUCUGUUUAUUUAAAAACAACGCCUUUUAGCCUGUGUCAAAAGAAGAUUAACGCUGUACAUAAGGCUACUUUUUGUUUUACUUUGUGUUUUGUUUUGUUUUGUUUGUUUGUUUGUUUUUUUUAGUCUUUUUAUUUCACAUGAAUUAUGAACAGGUACUCAUAUUUGUUUCUGGAUUAAUUAUUUAUUUUGAUCUCAAUGUUUUGUGCAAAAGGUCCUUUAUGAAAAAGUGUGAAUACAUACGUGCACAAAUAUCCAGUUUAUUACACGUUUUUAAGUGUGUAUGUACAUGCAUAUUUGUGUGUGUAUGAAUAUAUGUAUAAAAUGAGGAGGAAUAUAUUGACCAAAGACUAAAGUAUUUACUAAAAGCAAGGAAAUACGUGUUUGAUAUGUUCUCGCUAAAGUCAGCAAUGAUCACCGCCUGUUUUUUAGGCAGGAGGCCUGAACCCUCUGUCUUUUGUUUUUUUUUUGCUCAACAGCUGGCAGCAAAGGCUGCUUCAUGGUUUUCAUAAAAGAUAUGUAAAAUGAAUUUAUUUUGUCUAUCAUUCAGGCAGCAAUGAGCUUAUGACUUUAAAUUAGGAUAUUGCCCUCAUCCUCUAAACAAAAUUACUAAAGACGACGAAGGAUGUGAUAUCAGAAAUUUAUAUUUUUUAUCUCCACUCUCUGAGGAGUAGAAGUAGCUCCAGCUGGGAUCGUCCUCAUUUCAUGUCAGAUUGGUUCCUCAGAGCUUGAGCAGCCAGUUUGCAUCUGGUUUCAGCCGUAACAGUAUGUUGUCAUCGACUGCUCCUUCCCUUUCAGAGAAGUAUUUUUUUUUGUGCAAAUGGAAAUGAAGGAACAUAGAUCAGAUAGUUGUCCCAGAGCCAUC